AUGAGCAACACGCACAUAUCCUGGGCUCGACACUGUCUUGCGAAGCAAGCACUUAUUGCCAGCGCUGCAUAUCCACAACGACACGGCGGCUACACAGGAAACUCCAGCUUUCUCGACCUUACGCCAGAUACACGGAACCAAAUCUACGAGCUGGUGUAUCGUCACCACAGCCGCAUCGGUCAACAGAUCACAGUCAGCGGAGAGAAGGGAGCGCGAGGAGUCCCGUCAGCACUCUCUCGAACUUGCACUCAAGUGCGAUCGGAAACUCUACCAUACUUUAUCGAUCGGGCUACCGUCCUUCUCGUUGCUGAUGGCCCUUCCAAUCUGAAAGCAUAUGAAGACUGGGUCGACUUCAUUCCCGACUACGCCAUCAAGAUGAUUCGAGUUGUCCGGAUCAAACAUGCACAUCCAACAACUGGCGCAACGCAGAACAUCCUGGUAGCACGUCCUUCUGACCCGCGAUGCUUCAUCAUCUUCGAGUUGAACCUCAACGCUGGCAGUACGCGGCAUGUCACGUACUGGGGUCAGGGGAGCCAGGGCUGUCGGCUGUGCGUUUCCAAUGAGGAGGGACGCCCGGUACAGCUUGUGUCGCGCAUAGGGGCAUUGCUAAGAGCCAUGGAUAGCGAAGGCAGAGUGACCACUUUGGGCUUGAGGCAGGUGUUCGAGGCGCUGGCGCCACUACUUGGUUCAUGA